UGCUUUCAGACGCUGCAUGUUAGGACACACCUGGCUCUUCUGAUCAUAUCGAACUCAACUGCAAGUCUUUCUGCGAAAAUGGAAAUUACAUGACAAUUUAAAUAAUCCUGGUUGGGGGCAUGGCAGUAUCUACAUCGUACUGUAUAUGAGGCAGUGUGGAAUUCAAUGCCGAUUUCACACGAAUAGACCAUGUGGACGGUCAUCAUAUGAAAACUGAAACACCGAGUAUGAAGUUAAUGCUGCUGCACCCGCCGAUCGAUCGAUAUAAAGCGCGUAAGAAGUAAUACAAGCCGGGAGAGAGAUGGAAAACAACAAGCCGAGUGAUCAUGUCAUUAUGGAGGUGACGCAGCAGUCCGCUGUGACCCCGAAUGAUAACGGGGUCAUGAUGGCGAUCAACCACAGCAAAGUCCGUCCACCCUUCAGCGUACUGUGGACGACCGUCCUGUACUGCGCGGAGUUCAUCUGCGCCUCUGUGCUCAGCAGCAGGUACCAUAACAGCGAAGACUCGGUGUGGAUGGGACUGACCAUUACGUUCAUGCUGGUGCCGUCGGUGCUGACACAGCUCACUCUAACAUUUGUGCACCGGGACUUGGGGAGGGACCGACCCCUUGUGCUCUUAAUGCAUCUGCUUCAGAUGGGGCCUAUUAUAAGGUGCAUUGAAGCGCUGAUUGUUUUCUGUCAGGCAGGUAGAAAGGAGGAGCCAUAUGUGACCAUUUCAAGAAAGGUCAAGCUAAAGCAUGGAAGAGGUUUUGGCCCAGCCUUAGAAUGGGAGAUUGGACACUCAGAGCGCAAGCUAGCCGUUCAUCGCAAUGCCUUCAAACGCACAGCUGUCAUCCAGGCCUUCCUGGGCUCCACUCCUCAACUCACUCUACAGCUCUAUGCUACCAUUCAGGAAAAAUAUAUCCUUCCCACGCGACUGGCCCUGAUGAUCAUUUCCUUGAUAUCAAUCACUUAUGGGGCAUUAGUCUGCAGUGUGCUGGCCAUUCAGAUCAAGUAUGACGACUACAAAGUGCGAAUGAAACCUGCUGCCUACCUGUGCAUGAUCCUCUGGCGAGGGUUAGAGAUCGCCACACGGAUCACCACUCUGGUGCUCUUCAGCACAGCGUUCACUCACUGGGUGGUGUUGGUGGGCUUGAUCAACCUAUUGAUCUUCUUCUUCCAGCCAUGGGUGGAGUUCUGGGUCAGGAAGUCAUCAUUGCCUGAGAACGUAGAGAAUAACUUAAGUAAGCUGGGCACCACCGUUGUGCUCUGCAUGGUCACAUUCCUCUACGCCUGCAUCAAUAUUUUCUGUUGGUCGGCUGUACAGUUGGACCUGUCUGAUCACGACCUUGUAGAGAAGCAGCCUCGCUGGAGACGCUUGGCCGUCUACUACACCCUGCGCUUCAUGGAGAAUGUCACCCUCAUUGUCUUGUGGUACUACUCUAAGUCUGACUUCUACGAAUAUGUGUGCACGCCACUGCUGGUGGUGCAACUUAUUAUAUGCUACAGCCUAGCUGUGAUCUUCAUGCUGCUCUUCCAUCAGUUCUGCCAUCCGUGCCGCAGACUCUUCCAUUACAAUGUCGAGGACUGUCUACGUUGUGCGUGCUGCUGGAAGAUUAAGCAAUCCCAGCCACCUACUGAUCACACAGUUCCUCUUGCAUCUCAGGACCAUGAGCCUCCUGACCUCACUAGCCACUUAGCGGAUAGAGAAACAGACAUUGUGGAUGAUAUUAUGGAGGCGGCAUAAAUGAGGUUUGCUGUUCGGUUAUUGUUGCGCUGUUAGGGGCCAUGCUAGGCGUUUUUGCACAUAUCCUGACUCAGGAGUAUUAUAUUUACUUUGCUAAAUAUGAAAUAAAUUCUAAAUGUACUGUACUUAGUGAAGGAACAAUUGAUUUUAUAUGGUCCUAAAUGCUUCAGGAGUUUUGUAUUUUAUGGCAUUUGGAACUUUAAUUAAAGAUGUGUAGCACCAUAAUUAUGAUUUAGCACCAUAACAAUGUGAUCUUAUUGUUGUAGAGAGGGUAGCUCAUCGUUUACUAAUUGUAGAGCGCUGAUCCAUUUCUGUUUGUUGGCCGUUGAAGACCAAAGAAUGUCCUCUGUUGAGUUAUGCUGUGACGAGACACAAAGGAAGCCUUCACUAAGAAGCUGUAUGGCCUGUCCAGGUGUGUGGGAAACCUGCCAAUGUGUCCAGCUCAGAUGAGUGAUGAAACUAUUUUCAGAGGAACCAUGAAUCGAUAAGCCAAGGAGCCUUCAAAGGUUUCUUAUGUUUGCCUCACAUUUUUUUUUUUUUUUACCUUUACAUUUUGAAAGCCUUCAUUGCAUUUGCCAGAUUUUGCAAUAUUGUGCCUAAAAAGACUAACAAAGUAAAGAGUGCGCUUAAAUUUUCACUGCUAAAAGAGACAUCUGUUGGUUUAUUUUGUAUGGGAAUGUUGUGCCUAAAUUCUGUGCCUCUACUACUGAUUUUCAUUCAAUUAAUAAAGAUGCAAUGAAUGUCUGACUCAUGCCUGAUUCAGAUUUUUGCAAUUAAAACACACUUUUACAAAAUGCUGGGCUCAUUAAAUGUAUUAGUUUAAUCAACAUGAUCACAAGGGAAGUCGGCACGUUGUUUCCGAAAGUUCCGGGUUUUGGUUGGGGGUAGAUUAAAUAAAAUAAGCAUUUAUCUUCACUGUUUACACCCUGUUCAGCUGAAAACAAUUCUUUGUACAACUGGCUUCUGGCGACCUCUCCUGGAUAUAAAUGGAUUUCACACUUGUUUAUUUGCUCUGAAACACUUAACGCUUUAGCCUCUGGAGGCAGUGUAUUCAAAUUCGGUCAACAUAUACCGAAUUCGGCUUAAGAAAAAUCGGCAUACAUUUGCCAAAUUUUAUGUUAGAUCAGGUGGGGUUAAUCUUAACAAAAACUGUCAAGAACCUGUCCGGGUCAUAUUUAACCUAAAAAUCACAAGAACGUAAUCAUAUAUUAUGUUUUAAGUAAUGCUGUAAUGUAAAUAAUCUCAUCAUUACUGUAAAAUUAUAUAUUAGUGGCAUCAAUGUAAGUAUCAAUGCUUGUUUCCUACAUUUCAGACACUUGUAGCACUGUGGAUUUCUAGAAAGUAAACUCUUGUUAAAACAUUUUUCACACUCAGUUUUAAUUUGUCUAGUACCAAUGCUAAACAUUGUAUGUGCAUACAUCGCAGAAGAUGUUUUUUUUUUUUUUCUGAAAGUCAUGGAAAUUCCAACCAACAACUUUGUAAUUUUCACCAUCUGUGUCGUGUUUAAUAGAAUUCCGUGGUGGAAAUGAUGUUGAAUGACAUUAUUAAUGUGUUUUUUUAAUUAAAUGACCAACUCCAUUGUAUUGUUCAGGCUAAUUUGAAAU